CUCUCUUGAGACUUCCAUUCUGUGUGCUCUCUCUCUCUCUCUCUCUAGAAAGACCAAAAGAACCCAACUUGCUUUCGUUCCCUCUUUUUUCCAACUCUCUCUUUAAUGCCCUUCCAAUCAAAACCCUCCUCCAUAUAAUCCCUUCUCCUUCACUCCCCUGCCUUCUCUUUUUUCAAUGGGAUCUCUCAGGAUCACCAUCUCCUCCCUCCUCUCAUGGAUUCCAUUGCUCACUACUGCUUCAGUCAACCCCUCCUCCCAAAACCUCCACCGGUGUCGACCUUAACCUGUUGACAGAAACCCAAGAAGGAGGAGGAGGAGGAGGGAAAAACAGAGCCAAAACAGGGGUCUUUUCCUGUCCCGGAGAGACCGAAAGGCUCACACGGCCCACGGGUGUCUAUACCCUUUCUUCUUUGCUUGGAUCCGAAUGGCAAUGGAGGAGAGCGAGAGGAAGCUGAUUUUCCAGAAGUACGAGAUGGGCAGGUUCCUCGGGAAGGGAACGUUCGCCAAGGUCUACUACGGCAAGAACCUCCAGACCGGAGAGAGCGUCGCUAUUAAGGUCAUCGGCAAGGACCACGUCCAGAAGGAAGGCAUGAUGGAGCAGAUCAAGCGCGAGAUCUCCGUCAUGAGGCUCGUCCGCCACCCGAACGUCGUGGAACUCAAGGAGGUCAUGGCCACCAGGACCAAGAUCUUUGUCGUGAUGGAGUACGUUCGCGGCGGCGAGCUUUUCGCCAAGGUGGCGCGCGGGAAGCUGAAGGAGGAUCUCGCCCGCAAGUACUUCCAGCAGCUCAUCUCCGCCGUCGACUUCUGCCACAGCCGCGGGGUCUCGCACCGCGACCUGAAGCCGGAGAACCUGCUGCUUGACGACAACGGGGACCUCAAGGUCUCCGACUUCGGCCUCUCGGCCCUGCCGGAGCAGCUCCGCCAGGAUGGGCUCCUCCACACGCAGUGCGGCACGCCGGCCUACGUCGCCCCGGAGGUCCUGCGGAAGAAGGGCUACGAUGGGUCAAGGGCCGAUAUCUGGUCGUGCGGGGUGAUUCUGUACGUCCUCCUCGCAGGGUUCCUGCCAUUCCAGGAGGAGAACUUGAUGCAGAUGUAUCGAAAGGUAUUCAAGGCCGAGUUCGAGUUCCCGCCAUGGUUCUCGACGGACACAAGGCGGCUCGUGUCGAGGCUGCUUAUGUCCGAUCCCGAGAAGCGGAUCACGAUCCCUGCAAUAAUGCGUAACCCCUGGUUCCGGAAAGGAUUCUGCCGGCCAUUGGCUUUCUCGAUUCCGGGUCCGGAAUCGGAGAAGCCACCAGGCGAGGGAGAAGAAGAGGAGGGAAAGCUGCCGAAUUCAGAGUCGAUUAAAUCCAAAAAGGUCGUGUCGCCGAAGUUCUUCAACGCAUUCGAGUUCAUCUCAUCAAUGUCUUCGGGCUUCGACCUGUCGAGCCUCUUCGAGACGGAGCGGAAGUCUGGGUCCGUAUUCACCUCCAAGUACUCGGCGACUGCGAUCAUGUCAAAGAUCGAGGGGCUCGCGAAGGAGUUAAGCUUCAAGAUCGCGAGCGUGAAGGACUUCAAGAUAAGCCUGAAGGGGCCGGUCGAGGGGCGAAAGGGGCGGCUGUCGGUGACGGCGGAGGUCUUCGAGGUGGCACCGGAGGUCGCAGUGGUCGAGUUCUGCAAGUCGGCGGGGGACACGUUGGAAUACGUCAAAUUCUGUGAAGAAGAUGUUAGGCCGGCGCUCAAGGACAUAGUCUGGUCGUGGCAAGGGGACAACGUUUGUCACUGCAAUGAAGCCGUCGCUGAAGGCGAAGAACUGCAGAGGCAGGCGUUGAUUGCCUAAUGACAGGUCCUAACAUCGUCAUUAAUUUUUGGUGGUUUCGCCAAUUUUACUCACCCUCCUGUGCUUUUCUGUGGGCAUUUGAGUUUGAUUUUGGUACCCUCUUUCGCUCUGGGACAAUAGAACUGUCCAUGUGAUCUUGCUGUACAUAGUUGUGGGUGAAGAACGGAUUGUGGGUUUGGAUUGAUAUACAUGAAUAGCCAGUUGUACUAAUUGAAGACAGUUCCCAAAGGAAAACUCUGGGUACUUUAUUCAUUUGUAUCUAGCGAAGGACCGGGAAUCUCUAAGAUACCUCGGCCCGUCGCUCCUUUUCAAGUAUUUGCGUGUUACGACCCUUCAAUUUAAGAAAUUUGAAAGAUGUAUAUUCAAGC